UCGGGUGUUACAUGUAUUGGUGAUGACCCAUUUCGCCUAAGCAAUGACCUGCCAGUUAUCAAUCACCAUGUCCAACUGCAGACUACCCAAAAUUCGUUGACUGCCAUAGCUCCUUCAACAUCUUCAUUUCCGAUUGCGUCGACCUCGAUGCGAGUGACUCAUGCAACCUCUACUCCCCCUAUCAGUACAGAUUCUUCUCAUCUGGAGACUGCAUCGGCCCGAUCUGGUCCUUUGAGAGCCAGAUUCCACAUUGAUCUUGCUGAGGCGGCUGAAGAAGAAGAAGAAGCGGUCAACCAAGGAGUUGAGAUUGAGGAAGUCGGUCUACUAGGCGCCACAGUCUCAAGCUUGCAUCAGCCUACCCUCUGCGAGUCGUUCUCUAGAAGUCAGCCUUCACCCUCUGCUUGUAAGGCCACAGCUGAUUGCCCCAGCGUCUUAGAUAGCUGUUCUACUCAUCUCCCUCCAAUAAUGCACACCAAUGUUAAUCUUCACACCACCCAAGAAGAUGGCCCAAUAAGAGAUUCGUUGGUGAAACGAGGGAGGAAGUCCCGUGGACUGCGUCAACAUGAAUAUCGUAUAAAAGCCAACCGACUGCAGUACAACGAGAUUCAUCCGUCCUCAUCUGGUGAGAUCGACCAACGAAUCUCUUCUUCAUGCACUUACAUACGAAAUGAAGGUCCCCCUAGCAAUGUUAUCUCAGGAGAUUCAUCAAAACCAAGUCUCUCUUCGUAUCUAGUUAUCCUAUGUUGGAAAGUGAAGUGGCUGCAGAUUAAGCGUGAAAUGGAUGCAAUUAUGACCGAACAACUGGACUCUGGACUAGGACCUGUCCCUCCAAUGCCGUUCAUACAGCAUGCUCACGUUCCAUCUCGUACACGAAGCGGCCUUACCUAUUUACGCCACAGACCUUCUUCAUCAAUGGCCACCGACAGGAGGCGCGCCAAAUCACAAUCCGAAUGCUUGAUCGACCCGAUUUCCAUCUUGCCCUUUCUGGUAAAACUUGGGCCGUGA